UUUUCCUGAUUACUCUUUCUUGAUCCGAACACUGCGUUCAUCACCGCAAGAACAACUCCCUUCUCCUUCUCCCUAACCUCAACAAUCUCAGAAAUCAAUCCGCUCCCGGAGAUCCAGAGGAAGAGAAUUCACGAUAAUGGCUUCCUAUGAUACUUUCAGCAACGACGAACACCAAGAACAACAGCAACAGUCGCCCACAUCGCGGCCCUUUGACGACGAUGGCUACAUCGGUUACGACACUCAUCACCCCUCCCAGAGCUUCGACUCUUUAGCCACUUUCUCUCCCAGCACCGACCAACACCCUCAUCCUCCUCCUUCCUUUUUCGAAGACGAUGUCAUUUCCGACAUCCACAGCGCUGGAAACACGAAUAACCCCAAUUUGUCUGACGUUUAUGACUUCGGGGUUUCCAAUCCUAAUCCGGGCUAUGUUUCUCCCUUUGAUCCGGUUGAGACUGAUGUUGAUAAUGGCAAUGCUGCCGCCGGUAUUGGUGUCAUUGAUGAUGGUUUUUUUGCCUCCGAUGGACCGGUUCUCCCGGACCCGAGCGAAAUGCGGGAGGAAUGCCAUGCACGACGCGAAUGGCGACGUCAAAAUGCCAUAGACCUUGCGGAGAAAGAGAAGAAAGAAAAGGAGAUGAGAAAUCAAAUAAUUAAUGAAGCUGAAGAGUAUAAAGCUUCGUUUUAUGAGAAAAGGAGGAUCAAUUGUGAAACAAACAAGGCUCACAAUAGAGAAAGAGAGAAGCUUUACCAUACAAACCAGGAAAAAUUCCACAAAGAAGCUGACAAACAUUUCUGGAAAGCAAUUGCAGAGAUCAUCCCACGAGAGGUCCCUAAUAUUGAGAAGAGAAGAGGAAAGAAAGAUGCUGAAAAUAAACCUUCAAUUGUGAUCGUUCAGGGUCCAAAACCUGGAAAACCAACUGAUCUGGCACGAAUGAGGCAGAUUCUCUUGAAGUUGAAACAGACUCCUCCACCUCAUAUGAUGCCUCCUCCGCCCAAACCGGAUGACAAAGACGCCAAAGACGGAAAGGAUGGCAAAGACAGCAAAGAUGGCAAGGACGGCAAGGAUGGCAAGGACGGCAAGGAUGGCAAGGACGGUAAGGAUGGAAAGGAUGGUAAAGAUAAGAAGGAAGGGAAGGAGGAGGACAAAGGUGGAAAAGAAGCAAAGGAAGGGACAGAAACCAAAGAUGCUAAGGAAGGGACUGAAACCAAAGAUGCUAAGGAAGGAGGGAAGAAAGUUGAGGACAAGAAAUCUUCUUCACCAGCUGCAGCUCAUUCACCUAGAUCUCCUGCAAAAGAUGUGGAUGCUAAUGGUACUCCCGAGCAACCGAAAAUAGAGAUCGAGGCUCCUACUGCAGCUGAUGCUGAACAACCUAUUCUGUUGGUGUCACCUGCAGAGUAAGAAAUUAUCAAAACAUCUCAUGGUUCUUGUAAUUGAAUCGUUUUUUUUUCCUGUCCACAAUUUAUCAGAGGGAAUAAGGAAGCUUUUGUCGUAGCCUUGCUGCAUGCUCUGCAGCGUGGGAUUUAACAGCUCCCUUCUUGUCUAGACUUAGAAUUUAGGAUAAUUUAUCAUUGAAUUUUAUCUUCUCUUUGACU